AUGUCAUAUCGAGAACUUCGUAACUUCUGCGAAUAAAUGAGGGCUUUGGGGUAUCAUAGAAUUAUUUCAAUGGAAAACUUCAGAAGGCCUAACUUUGAAUUGGUUGCUGAUAUCUUAUAUUGGCUAGCUUUGAAGUAUGACCCGAAUACGGACAUAUCAGACAAUAUUGAUGAGGAAGUAUAGAGUGAAAAUUAAAAAUAGCGACAUCGAGUUGAAUUUAUAAAACAGAUUACUACUCUUUUUGUUAGUAAGGCUAGGCUGAAGAUAAAUCCAAAGAGAUUAUAUAUGGCAGAUGUUUAUGCAGUUCAAGAAAUUUUGAAAAUUUCAACUUUUUUAUAUAAAUCAUAAAUAACUUCUCCUGCUGAGGAGGAUGAAGUGCAUGAUUUCGUAAACAUAUUAAUCUGAUUUAUCCAAGUCUCUCCCCUCUAAAUUAAGUAAUAUUAAGAGUCAUAAGGUGUUGGCAUAAGAGAUUACUGACUUAGCCACAAGGUUAUAUGAUUAAUUAGGGAAGGAGGAUGAGGUGAGAGUUGCAAGAGUAUUGAUUCAAAUUCUAUACAUAGGAAAAAGCAUUAUAAUUCCUGUAAAAUGUGUCUAGAGGUGGGAACUCCCAGUCAGAGCAAUCUUAAAUUUAAAAGUGCAUUGAAACGAUGUUGAAAUAAUAAGAUUAGAACAUACUAGAUAUGUCUAAAUAUGUAAGUGGUUUAGAAAGGGAUCAAAAGCAGAUUGAUGAAAAAAUCAAGAGAAAGACAAAGGAACUAGAAUAGGCAGAAAAAAGGUUAAAGGGAAUGACUAGUGUCAAGCCUGCUUAUUAAGAAGAAUAUGAUAGAUAGGAAUAUGAAUUGGAAAAGUUAUACUAAGUAAAUUGAAUAUAGAUAUAUGUUAGAUUUAUGUUGAGAAAUUCAGAAAUCUUGUAUAUUUAGAACAUGUUUUGGACGCUCAAAAUAAAUAAGAAAAAAUGGAAUAGAAGAAGAAGAACUAAAUAUUAGAGGGAAUGAGGAUAAACUUUUAGGAUGCAUAUAUAAAAGAGUUGAGAGGUGGAGAUGAUGAUGGAAAUGAGGAUUAGUUAGAAUAAUUGGGAGGUGACUCUAGGUUGCAAUCGAGCAAUCAAGAGAAACGAAACAAUGAAUUUAUGAGAUAAUAACAUGGAGGAUUUAAUAAAUAGCAAAUGGAUGAGGAUGGAGAAGUAGAGGAUUUAGAGGAUCUAAGUGAGGGUGGAGAUGAAGAAGAAGAGGAAGAAGAUGAGGAGGAUGGAAUUGAGAAUUUAGAUGAUGAUGGCGAUGAUGCAGACUUUUGAAAAAAACAUAUAUAUAUAUGUAUAAAUAUAAU